UCCAAUAACAACCUAACAGUAGAAAAACAAUGAAGUACAUUUACUUGAUAUUCCUCGGAAUCAUAGCAAUAAAUAAAAUUAAAUGUCACGUUACUGACCGUUCCAAACAAAGUGAUGGCGUGACCACGAUACUGCCUGAAGAAAAUGAGACGCGAAAUAUGAUGGCUAAGGAAUUAAGUGAGAAAAAGCUUGAGUCUCCUAAAAAAGUGCAGGAUGGUGAAACUAGUGUGUACCUGGAUGAUGUGUUGUUUGCUUUGAAGAAUCAGAACUGGACUGCUGAAGAGGAGCCUUGUUUCAAUCAUAUCAACCGUUUGCUUCAUGGCUUGCAGAAUUUUACUCUGUGGGCUGUUUGGGACUGGGACUCCCAAGCAUCAGAGCCUCAAGGCCUAUUAUUCGGGAACCGGUACCAACUAGGCAACUUCGACCAGUGCAUGAAUGCACCCUGGUCUAAGACCCAUCCGGAGCUGAAGACUAUGUACUGUCUUGCUGAGAUUGUUCUAGAAAGAACUGAUAAAGCUGUGAGGAGACGCGUUGAUAAGCCCUACUACCCUUAUCAAUCUGCGUUGGAUUUUAUUGAGCAUCGUCCGCCCCACACCCGUCCCCUCAACGAGCUAACAUGGGGUGCGUGCGUGCCCGCUGCGUGCGCACCGCGUACUGUGGAAAGGCUGCUGGCGGUGAUGCUCGCGCGCAGCCACCUGGGAGCGGCGGGCAUGAGGGCGAACAUCAGCAUCAGCGAGCCGUGCCAGAGUGGAGACGAUGAGAUGGAAUAUGAUGCCCUAUUUUAUGCUUUUUUCAUUGUGAUGGGUUUAAUAACAGUCAUAGCUCUAAUCUGCACUUAUUUGAACUGCCAACAAAAGGAACUUGACCCUAAUUCAAGAAGAACUGGUUUCAUUCAGUCAUUCUGUAUAAAAGAGAAUGCUCUUGAUCUUCUAAGAAUGAAGAAAGAAGGCAUAGAGAUAUUCUACGGCAUUCGGUUCUUUACUAUAUGCCUCAUAGUUUUGGACCAUCAGAUAGGGAUCUCUAACUCGGGACCCAUUAGUGACGGAAUGACUUCUGAUCAGGAGGUUCAAACACCGCUGGGUCUGCUUAUUCUCCAUGACGAUCUUUUCGUGGACACAUUCUUCUUAUUAUCCGGGUUCCUCACCAUCACGAAUAUAGCUAAAUUCAAAAGGCUCCCAAAUCCUCUAUUCAUCAUACUGAAAAGAUAUGUAAGACUGGUGGUCGCUUUCGCCGUUGUAAUAUUUUACGUGUGUGCGGUAUAUCCCUACACGGGUACAGGCCCACUGUGGCACAAGGCUGUCUCACACGAAACGGAACAAUGUCGGAAGAACUGGUGGCUCAACCUCCUUAUGCUUCACAAUUAUAUCGAUACUGAGAAUAUUUGCAUAGUAGUCUCAUGGUACAUACCGUGCGACUUCCACUUCUUCGUGGUGACCGUCCUAAUAUACUGCGUCUACCGGAGCCUGCCGAAGCUAGGGCUGGUGUUAGCAGCUCUUGUAACCACUGCCGCCCUGGUACUGCCGGGGAUCGUCAACUAUAUCUAUGACUUGUCUGCUGUCCAACUAUUUACGUUUGAGUUCAUAAUAGACCCUCGUGCCAGCAAGGAGUUCCAUGUUUCAUACAUCAAGAGCCACACUCGAUACGCUGCUUACUUGGUCGGCUUCUACAGCGGGUAUCUGUUUGUCACGUACAGCAAUAACGGCAAUCUCAAUAGAAUAAGACAGAAAUGGGCAGUCCUCGGCACUUGCACAGCACUCACACUAAUGUUAGUAGUAAUGGUGGUAGGCAGCACAUUCCUGUGGCGCUCUUACUAUCCACUAGAGGGCGCGCUGUAUGCCGCACUGAACAGGCCGGCAUGGGCCUGUGGCGUGGCCUUGCUAGUGCUGUGCUGUUCUUUUGGGCAUGUCCCGCUAGUGAAGUCAUUCCUGAGCUGGUACCCGUGGGUGCCGCUGAGCCGGCUGUCGUACGGCCUGUACCUGACGCACACGCUGCUCAUCACGCGAGGCGUCUUCAUCACGCGCAACCCACAGCACAAUGACUACUUCGAAAUCUUGAACUCAACAGCCGGUGUUAUAUUCUGGGGCUGUGUGAUGGCGCUCCUACUGUGGCUGCUAGCUGAAGCUCCCGCGAACAAGCUGCUUGCUUUGUGCUUGAAGAGAAGGAUUAAGAAAAUUAUGACGAAUCAGGAAACGAAUCGAGCUACAUUGAGCGUGAACACAAGUACGAGUACUAUGCCAACUGAUAGUGGACAUCUCAAUGACAACUUGCCAGAUACCAUACAUUUUUCUUCCAAAAUAUAAUAAUACUAUACAUACUUGUACAGGAAAGCCAAAAUACAUGACUUGAUUAUAUAUGUAAGACUAAUUUAAGGUUUACAUUAAUUAAGGUUAAAAUUUAUUUCUAGGUAAACGUGAGAAUUUGAAUCUACCUUAAAUAACUAGAUACUAAGUUUAUUAUUUACAGUACUUGAUAAUAAUAUGUUUUAUUAUUUUGCUUGAGAAUUUGUGUAUAAAAUUAUUAUAUAACAUGUUAACAAUAGUUGUUACUGUCAUUGAUGGUAAAUCUUCCUAAAUAAUUCAUUCAUUCAUUUGUGUUAUGGAGGGCUUGAAAACAUAAACAAAAUAUACCCCAAUUAAAUAAAAUUCUAAACAUAAAUUUCUAACAGUAUUGAGGUCGUAGUAAAACUUACCUACUACGCCGUAGACUACGCCGUAGACUACGGCGUAGCGUGACUACGCCAGGAUUUAAACUAAUUUAACGACCGAGCAAUAUGUAAUAGUUUUGCGCUAUGCUAUAUUAACUUUAACAAUUUGUCUGAACUGUUUCAGUAAGCUAGUCGAACAACUAUCUUUCUUAUAAAUAUGUUUAUUGAGAGACAAUAUCAAUUACUUAAAUAGAAAAUACACAAGUAAACAUUUUCAAUGUUCAUUUUAAAUUUUUCAGUAAUACUGCCAUCUUUGUGCUAGACAUAAAACUACUAAAGCAAUUGGUUUUCUACAUGAUGUACUCAAAGGCACGCGAAGUGCCAUAACAAUUCUACAGAUGUCGCCACCAGUAUCAUUUUGUUAAAAUAUUUCCAGUAUUUUUGUUGUUUUUGUUUUCGUAGAGAAAAGACUAAUAUUUAAAAUUAAUAACACAUUAUAAAGUUACUUUUCUACUAGAUGAAGGCAAAAACAAUGUUUAAUUUAACUUUAAAAUGAAAAAUGUAUCCGAGUUUUGCUAGGAAUGAUCAAAAUAAUGACUAAAAAUGAUUUUGAAAGUACAUUAAAACUGCAACCCCUAGGGAAUAUUAGCAUUAAUUAUUAUGUUUAUCAAGGUUA